AAAGAUUCUGUAAAAUUCGUUGAUGACUGCCCCCUACAAUUCCAAAAUCUUUCCUUUUCCCCUCACUAAUAUUAUUCCCAAAUCUCUCUUUAUCUGCCGUCUUCAACAACAAGACAACCUCAAUUUUGAACUUAUUACACUUCGAAAUCUCCGAUAAUUUGUCAUGUCUGCUUCAAUCAUCCCACUUUUGUCGUGUCACUUCCUCUUUUGCUCUGUUAUUCUCCAUCUCCCAAUAUUUCAAGACAAACAAAAAGAAAGUUCUGGGUCUCAAAAUACCCACCAUUUUAUUCCUGCUGUUGCAGGGAAGAGAGACUGUAAACAUUGGAAUAAGAAGAUAUGUGUCGUCUACUUCAAGAAGAGCCUCUAUCAUUUGAUCAACAAAGCUCAUAUACAAAGCCCCACAAUGCGCACUUAUACUUUUUGGUAGGAGGAUUCAUCGUGUUCGUAUGUUUGCUAAUUCUUAUUGUGGUGUUCCGGAAAUUUGUCAGACCACCACAGCUAGGAAGGUGCGUCAAGCGAAAAGACAGCUGCAAAGCUGCAAAAGAUUAUUUUAGUGGGAAACUUGAGACAAUAAGCUAUUUUAGCUUUCGGACGUUAAAGGAAGCGUCUAAGAAUUUCCAUGAGUGUAAUCUGCUCGGAAAAGGUGGAUUUGGACCUGUUUAUCGAGGUAAGUUACAAGACGGGAGGCUGGUAGCGAUAAAGAAACUAUCGUUCGAGAAAUCACAUCAAGGAGAGGCAGAGUUUCUUGCGGAGGUGAGGAUGAUUACAAGCAUACAACACAAGAACCUCGUUCGCCUUCUUGGCUGCUGUUGUGAAGGACCUCAAAGGGUACUCGUAUAUGAAUACAUGAAAAACAGGAGUUUAGACCGUAUUAUAUAUGGCAAAAGCAAUCAGUAUCUGAACUGGAAGACUCGGUUCCAAAUUAUCUUGGGUAUCGCUCGGGGAUUGCAGUACUUACAUGAAGAAUCACAUAUCAGAAUUGUUCAUAGAGAUAUUAAAGCCAGCAACAUUUUACUUGACGGAAAUUUUCAGCCAAAAAUCGGAGAUUUUGGUCUGGCCAGGUUCUUCCCUGAGGAUCAAGCGUAUCUCAGUACCACGUUCGCUGGAACAUUAGGUUAUACAGCCCCUGAAUAUGUCAUCAGGGGCGAAUUGUCUGAAAAGGCCGACAUAUACAGUUUCGGAGUUGUGGUUCUGGAGAUCAUUAGCGGCAGGAGAAACACCGAUCUUACACUAUCAUCCGAAACGCAAUAUCUCCCCGAAUAUGCAUGGAAGCUAUAUGAGAGAUCAAAAAUGAUUAAUCUCAUAGAUCCAAGAAUGCAAAAAGAUGGUUUUUCAGUGAGGGAGGUUAUGAAGACAAUUCAUGUGGCUUUAUUAUGCCUUCAACCUCUUCCAGACAUAAGGCCAGCCAUGUCAGAAAUCGUGGCGAUGCUGACUUGGAAGGCUGAAAUGGUAAAAUCGCCAAUAAAACCGGCCUUCUUGGAUCGUAGAAGACGGGAAAAUGAUGAAAAUGUGUCAAGGGAAACCAUUUCCAAUGGUUUUCCUUCUCUCGAAACCGAAUCGCCUUCAUUAACCCAACCGCCAAAUUCCCGAGAAUUCGAUGUCAAAGGAGAAAUUAUUGUUUAAAUAUGUUGGUUUAAUCAUUAGAGAUUUACCAAACAAUAUGCAAGUGUGAUAAUUCUACUGGAUUAUCCUGAACAAGUUUUGAUUAUUUGAGGAAAUAUAGAAGUGAAGCUUGUUCAUUUUC